AGCACGUGAAGCGGAGCACAUUGAUCUUCCCCUUGCGAGUCACCAUGGUCAAAACGUUGUCGCUGCUGCUAUUACCCGCGCUGGUGGUGGCCCAGCAACAAGCCAUUAAUAACGACGUGCUGCUCACGAUGCCCGUGGCCAUCGAUGGGUCGCUCAAAAACCUACAGCUGCUCAAGGGUGAGAGCUUCGAGGACGCUGCAAUGUCCUUCGCUCGCUCCAACGGACUAACGGCUGCCACAGACGACGCUCAAGUGCGCGCUGUCAUCGAUCAGCUGUCAGGUCUGCUGAAGGACAAAAUGCAGGAGGUGGAGGCGGCCCAGCAACAGCAGACACAGCCUGAUGAGGCUUUACCUAGUGUGCAUCUCUCCAUCCCACUCACCAUCGACGGGUAUACGGGCGAUCUACUGAAAUACGAGACGGAGACCCCUGAAGCCGCUGUGGAGAGAUUCCUCUACGCCAGCGGCUUCAGCAUGGACGUCAUGAGGGAAGUAUACCCCCAGUUGAUUACACUUGUCAACCAGAAGUUAGAGGAGCUACAACCCCCUAAGCAGGAACUUUUUGCCUUUGUCUUGUCGUUGGAUGGAAGGGAGAUCACAGUCCGACACUUUGAAGGGGGUGUCCCAAUGGAUGAAGCCGUGGAGACGCUGCGUGGCAUUGGCGUAAACGACGGAGAGUUCAUGGACAGAGUGGCACCGCAGAUCGCCAACCAGAUUGUCAAUGAGAUCAACAAUAGGCAAACAGAACUCGAACAGCAAAGCCAGCAGAUUAAAGAACCCGUGACACAGCAGACCCUACAGAGACGAGAACUCUUCUCGGAGCCGCUGACGCUGAAUGACCAACCGGCGGUUAUGGUCCAUUAUGACGGAUCUACCGCUCGAGAGACGGCGGUGCGUUUCUUGAGUGAGAAUGGGAUUACAGACGACGCGACAAUUGAGUCGAUGAUGCCACAACUUGUCGGUAUUGUGGACAAUCGGAUGGCUGUAUUGUUGGAGCAAGAGGCCCAGGCUCUGGCUCAAAGUACAGCUCAGCAACAGCGACAGCCACUCGUUACGGUACCGAUAAACCUUGAUGAGCAGCGCCAAGCCGAUCUGGAUUACUUUGAAGGCGACGAUGUCGAAGCUACGGUGCAGCGGUUCCUCGUUGCGGUAGGCUUGGGUGAAAGCGAGGGAUUCACCAAUAACGUCGUGCAGCUUUCGUCUCUUGUGCGUGAACGGAUUGCCGCAAUCCCACAGCAACAGGACACAGCAGAAGCUGCGCAACCGACACGACCGGAGCCGCUGUUUGCCAUUCCAGUCACAAUUAGUGGCAACGUGUACAAUCUCGAGUACUUCAAAGGCCAGGAACCGCACAAUGUUGCCAACACGUUCUGUUUAGAGAAGCACGAGAUUGUACGCGCAGAAUUAGGCGUCGAGUUUGACGGAGAUCAGCUGCUAGCGUGUCAAAAUGUGCUGGUGCAGUCGAUUCUCAACACCCUCGACGAGCGACAGCCUGGAGAGCAACAGUCCGGGGAGUCCACCGCUGAAUCACCUGCCCAACCGGAAGCUCCACGUCAAGCCGAGCCUGCAAAAUCGCCACAAACUGAAGCGGAGACUCUCGUGGAUCCUCGAGGUGUCCUUCUUUUCACACUCGACAUUGACAUGGGUGAUGGUACUUCGAUCAAGCUACCAGUACACCGCAACGAAAACCCUCAGGAGCUAGCAUCUGCCUUCUGCACACAACACAAGCUCGACAAAGAAAACAUCCCAGCUCUUGUAGACGCCAUGGAGUCCCAGCUGAAAGUGUUGUAG